UUAACGGAGGCUAACGAAGGUUAACGGAGGCUAACGGAGGCUAACGGAGGCUAACGGAGGCCAACGGAGGGUAUUACUAAACAUACAGUUGAGCCUUGUAGAAGAAAUCGAAAAGGUUGGUUGCCUUUCACAGUUUCACUGCUUUAUCUUGUCGUGGAGCUUGGCGAUAGAAUCAGCCAGCCGGAUUCAGCCACCCGUUUCUGCACGAGCCGAUGAUGCAGGAGCUAUGGAAGAAGACUACAAGAGCACUGGCACAGAGAACUGGCAAAGCUGAGUACUCUGUCGAGUACAGCUGCAUUGUACUGCCUGGUGCUAACUAAAUGCGGCUGAGUACUACUGAGCACAUAGCCAGGACUGACAGGCGAUACUAUGUGCUACCUACGACUUCUGAGACCUGUUAAGUGCUGUGGAGAUAACUACUUAAGUCUUUCUGAGUUCUUCUUCUCUGGUUGCUUGUACUGCUGAGUGCUGCUGAGCUCUGCUGACAAAUACCCAGGACUGCUGAGUACUCUGGGUACUGCUGAGUGCUUCUUAGCUCUGCUGACAAGCACUUAGGACCUCUGGACAGCACUCAGAGUUGGCCACACUUGAGAGCACUCUUUGGGUACUGCUGAGGACGAAGUAGUGGCUUUAGUGCUGCUGGGGGUAACGCUAAAAAAUGGCCAAGCUGAGCACUCUUUGCUGAGGGUAACGCUAAAAAAUGGCCAAGCUGAGCACUCUUUGCUGAGUACUAGGGGUAGUGCUAUGUACUACUGCUGAGCAAUGCUUCUAAGUAUUGAUUUUGACUACUGCUGCCAAGGAUCGCUGCUCAACUACUGGGAGGAAUGCGGUGGAUUACUACUACUUGGCGGUGGUGAAGCUGAGUACUCCGGAGUUCGUGCUUCUUAGUACUGGCGAAGCGGAGUGUUGCUGAGCGCUGAGCACUUGAUUUGUUUGCCCGUUUGAGUUUCGUUGUUGCUUUGCCUCUUAGCGUCUAAGUGCCAAUGGGUGGACGAGAAGGAUUACGCUAUCCUUUGACCGCAGUCCCUUUGGCCGGUCUGUGUUUCUUGUGAGAGAAGGGUCACGAGAGUGCUAGCUUGGCACAGUGUGAACACUGCCCUCUUCCCUCGUGUGAGGGAAGAAAGGCAUGUGUUCUUUAUAGGGUGGCACGCUGGGAGGAGGAGGGUGGGUCAAAGGGUAGGGUCGACUCGCGUUUCAGGGCGAGAUGGAUGCGCAAAAGGCCCUUUCCGUGCAGGAAUGGGAGCAAAUUCUUAUAGACUUCGGUGCUAGGGAGAAGUCCCGACGACGAUGGUUGACCGUGUAUCCUCCGCCGAUGCUUUUCGAAAACGCGUUGAAUGUGAUAGCUCGCGAAAAGGACUUGCAGUUGAAAUCCUUAGCACUGUGCCUUUUGGAAGAGUAUGGGGAGAUCCUAGUCGGUCCAAAUCCCUCUGCUGCGCUCAAUCGGGUCGUCGACAUUCUUCUAGCGGUUGUUGGCGUGUCUGUCGAUGGCUCGUUUGUGACUUAUGUAUUCAAGGGGCAAGUCCUCGUGACGUUCACGUCGCUUGCCAUUCAAUUGGAGAUCGCGAGAUCGAAUCCUCUGAAGCUACAGUCCCUGGUGGAGGUACUGUUGGCCAUCAUCAGCAGAGUCAAUCAGGGGCAAGACAGGCAUGUUCGCGGCGUUGCUUGUGAAUGCCUUAGGGAGCUGGAACUCGCAUAUCCGUGCUUGCUUCAUAACUGCAUUGGCCACAUUCACAUCUUUUGCCAGAGUGAAAAAACUCAUGUGAUCCAGUCUUACAUUCUCCUUCUCACUACUAUCCUCCAACAUGUGUCUGCAUGCCUCUGUGUGCUCCCGACUGCACCUUCUACCGCCGGGAACUCGGCGGCGGCGUCUUCUCGAGCUAGUCGUUCUUCGGAUUGGCCGCCCCUUUCGCUCAGUUCUUCAAUCUCCCUGUGGCUGCAAGCGGCCUCGUCCGUGAAGGCACAGGCUGCAUCCGAUGCAGGAGAUGGCCUUCACAGCCAAAGCCGGCCGUUGUUGUCCAUGCAAACGCCUCUGCUUCCCUUCACGCUUCCUAGCUUUCUGCUGACGUUCUGCAAUGCCGACAAACUAUGUGCGCAGAACAGGUCAAAGGGGGCAGUCUAUGGCUCUGAAAGGCAGCAGGUUGCAGGACCGGAAGUGCUGGGGUCGGUUGGGUCUGUCUCGGGAAAGAGCACCGACUCCCAAUCGAGGUCGUCCUUACAACGCACUCCAGGGCCACGUAAGGCGGCGGUCAGUAUGACGCCUUCCCAAUCUGGCAGGUUUAGUGAUGCGGGAGAAGUGGAUGUGUCAGGCAGAGCAGGGAUUGCUGCCGAAAACGCUCCAGCUUCCUCCGCGGACACCACUGCUUCUGCACCAGCUGUCAGCACCAGCAGCAUCCCUGUUUGUGAGCUGUCUCCGUCGAUGUGGAAAGAGUCUUCCCGUGUUGUGUCUUUCGUCUUGGAGAGCCUGCACCGCCUAACUCCGUGCAGUGUCCUUGAGCUUGCUAUGUUGCUUUCUUCUACGGUCGUUGCGCUGGACAUAAGGUUCAGUCACAUCAAGCACCAUCUCCUUCCCAUCCUUGAUGUGCACGAUCCCGCGUUGUGCCACGCCCUCUUGUUACUGCACGUGCGAUUGCCUGACGCUUUCGAUGGAGGUGAUCUUGCCCAGCUGCUGAAAUGGAUCUUCCUUCUCUCUAAGGACGCCGCACUCCCUCUCGUUUUCCGUUUGCUCAGCAUUCACUGGUUGGCAGGCUCUCAACUGCACUCUUCUUUCCUCCCUCUCCUCUUGCAACAGCAGCAGCAGCAGCAGCUGCAACAACAACAGCAGCAGGAAAUGUCCUCUGCCGGCACUGCAGCGAACACCACUGCACUCUCUUGUCUCAAGGUCUGUGUUAAGGGCCUCUACCCUUCGCUGUUCGACCCGUUAUCGCUGAAGGCGAUCUGCCUUGAAAUGCUGGCCUACUGCAUACCUUACCUCAUGGAAGUGAUUGCAACUGCACCGACGCAGCAGGAUGGGCAGAAGCAUCCAGCUUGCAAGCUCCUAGCCGAAUCGCUCUCCUCUGUGGCUGGAUACCAGCUUGCCGCGCACGGUUCGCUUGAGGAGCACAUCAUGCUGCGCACUCUGCAUCGCGUCCUGUCGGCAACCUGUCCUGUAUCUGAGAACUGUUUGCAGAAGUCGGGAUCUCGACCUGGACCACUGUUGGCCCCAAUCCCUUCUCCUCAAGCAGAGGCCAAGCGUUGGGACUCGCAUUGCGGCUCUCCAGAGCUCAGGUUGGUCCUCUUCCGUGCCGUGAAGGACAUUCUCGUGUCGACGAGCCUUAAAAUUUUGAGAGCGGUACCUGGUGUUCUAGACUUUGUGAGGAGACUGUCCAUAUGCGCGCUCCAUCGCAAGGCAGGCGAUAUGCUUCUGUGGAGAAUCCAAACAGACUUGCUGCCGGAUUUGCAGGCGAAUCGCGCAUUGCCGGCCUAUUUUCCGUUCAUGGAGAAACUCCUGGAGAAUAAGGAAAUCCCUCCGCAACCGGUGUUGAGGCUUCUCUUUCGGUACCUUUGUGCACGAGAGGGUUUGGGACUGAUCCCUGGAAGUACAGGUUCGAAAGGAGGACAAGUACCCCCUCCAGUGGUGUCGCGUGGAAGUGGUGGCUCCAAGGCUGCAGCCUCUCAGGCGGUGAAGCGGCCAAGGAAGAGACUGUGGCUGCAUGGGAACCAAGUGCUCGGUUUAUGCCGGAUCGCCAUGCUGAAUCACCAUAGCUCGGAGAUCUUUUCGUUGUCGUGUCAGAUCCUUCAGGUUCUCUGCCUGCGGUUUCCUGACGUGGAGGUGCGCGACAGUGCCAGACUGUAUCUUCGACUAUUGACAGAGGCGGAAGGAUCAAAGCUGCGGAAGAUUCUGAGUUAUGCACAAGAGCUGAAGGACGACUACAAGGGGGUUGCUGGGACGUUUCCCACCCUCCUCCGCGGCAGCUCUAUGCCCAGUGAUCGGGACGAAGGGGCUGCGUCUUCUGAAGUUUUCCUAUCCAGAAUUAGGCUGCCCCUUGUUGCAGAUGCGAUGGGUGCUGUCCAGCAAAGGCCAGAAUUCUUGCCUGCCACUGGAUCGACACUUGGUCACGAUGAACGAACGGAAGGGGACAUGCCCUGGCAAUGGAAUAACGAAGAAGGCUCUCGGCAUCGGCCCGUUGGGUGCUUGGAAAGUCCUCAAGACACGUCAUCUGAUGGUCUCGAUGGUCUCGGCGAUGUUGACGAGGUGGUGGCGUGUUACUUCAGAGGUAUCUGGGGUCCUGGGACCGAAAAGCGGAAGAUCAGGGUGCCGUGUUUGGUAUGGUAUCAAGCAGCUGAUGAGGCAUUUGGGAGGGUGGGAGACCCAAGAACGUUGCUGACGAGGAUCCCUUCUGGAAAUGGAUUUGAUAGUGCCGACGAGUGCGGUGAGCUGGAGAGCGACGAGGAGGUGGCGCAAUGGCCCGUCGUCUACUCGGUUGUUUUCUCCUUCUCCAUGUCGCCUACGUUGUAUGAGCCUAUCGCGCCGAUCCAGGUCCCAUUUCUUCUCAGCCAGCCACCAAGAAGGAAUAAAGAGAUACCGGCCAGUGAUGAUGGCAGUGGCAGCGACCUUGGAGAAGGUAGGUAUCGUCCAGAAGGUGGUGAGGUCAGUAAUUGCGCUCGGGUAGGCGGCACUAAUCGAUCUAGCGAUGGACCCUUAGAGAGGGAGAGUGGAAGAGCUCAAAACUCCUCCGGAAGGUAUCGAAGGAGCAGGUUGAGAAGAGCCAGACCUAACGUCUCAGCAGCAGAGGAGGACGGCGAAGAAGAGGAAGUGGACGAGAAGGAGCGAGGAGGAAGUGUGGAAAAGGAACACGAUGACGACAACGACAAUGAUGCUGCUGAUGCCGAUGCCUAUGCUGGUGGUGACGAUGACUUCGCUGGCGAAGAGCUUGGAGGAGAUGAACAUGCGGAUUUGUGUAGAGUAGGCGUGGAAUUGGUCAUGGUAGAGCUUUGUCCUAUCGAGCCCGUACCCUCGUCUAUGGAUGUGUGUGUCGCAUACACUGGUGAGGCAGGGAGGACAGCAGCAUCCAGACUGAGCAGCAUUCCCGUCGGUAUCGAAGAUCUCUUCCUGCUUCCUCAUGUCCCACGGUGCUUGCCUUCGUCUUCGCUUCCAUCUCGAGAGCAGGAGAAGACGAUCAGUCCGUUGAAAUUCAGGAUUGCCUUGUUUGGGGAACUGUGGAGCGCUUGCCGUGGGGGUAGGGAGGUGAUAAGGGGGGUAGAAUCUCCCGGGGAAGAGGAAGAGCGGAACGGUGGUAAUGCAGAUGCGAUGGGAAACUCUGUUAUCAUUGAAGGAGCGGAGGCUGUUAAGCUUCUCGACAUGUCUGUGGAUAGUGUCCUUGAUGCGCUCGAUGUGCACCUUGCCCCGUUCGUCUUCAGUGUCACAGGAACUGCUCUCGGGGAAAUUCUGAGGGAGAGAGAGAGUCCGCUCUAUCGUUUAGUAGACGAGAUCGAUAGGCUAGGUGUGUUUGGCAAGGGUGACGAGGAUGAUCCUUAUCUUGAUAGGUCUGGCGGCUACGACGACGUCAGCGAUGCGAGUGCGCCUGCUCAUUUUAGCGAAAGAUACGAAAAAACUGCAGGCUGGCAUGCACAGGGAGGGAAGAAACCGCGGAGCAAAGCAGCCGUUGGCACUGCUGGUAACUCGAUGCAGCUUGUGGUUGUUGAGGAUCCUUGGGAGGGGGGAGGGUUGGGCCGGGCGGGGGAGGGAGGGAACGUAAGGUAUGAGGGUGAGUUUCGCAGAAGGGGACGCCAGGCCCCAUGGUUGAAGCUUGGAUCCAUGAAGGUGUUGAUUUUCCUCCCACCGCGGUACCAUUUGCUGCUGUGGAUGGAAGUGUCGACAGAGUCCACCCUUGUGCGCAUGCGAACUGAUUAUCUUCCUUGUUUAGCGCAGAUGGACGAGUACUUGGAAAUACUUGUUUGCCGAAUCACUUAGCUCGUGUUGUUGUGUCUGUACGUGGGAUCAUCUUCACCUGUUUC